CCGGCAGGUAGGCUAGCAAGGGCCGUACAGCUCGUGUGCCAGUCUACCGUGUGCGCUUGAAGCGACCUGUUGGGCGCAGAGUGGGAGAGAGAGAAAGAGAGAGAGAGCGAGUCGCCGAGAGAGAGUGAGAAAGCGAGAGAGAGUGAGUGCGUGUGCGGAAGGAAGAGAUAUAGAUAAAGAAAAGAGAAGAAGAGAUAAACCUGAACAAGGAAAGAGCAAGGAAGACAGGACUUCACCUAGAUCUCGGGCUGCAGAUGAGGGAGAUCAACCAACCUGUGGAUUGUGACGAACAUUUCAAAAUCAAACAACGAGGUGUCGGGGAAGAGGAGAGAGACGGGAGGGGAGAAGGGCGAAGGGGAGAGGAGGGGACCGCCUCGCGUAACAAAAUCGAAAGGAAAAAGAGAAGAGAGGAAGCAGGGAAAAAGCAGAGAAUAGAACGCAUAUCGAGAUGUGACUCCUCCAGUGCCAACUGCUAAGAUCGUGAGUGCCUCUUGAUGGAUAAACCUGAACUUCUUUAUUCCCGUUGGAGGCACCGGGGGCCCAGGGGGAGGGGCAGAGGGGGCGGAAGUGACGGAGAAGGAGCUAAGUCCUAAGUCCUAAGUCCUCUCGGUAAAGCGAAGGAACAAGAGAAAACCUGGAGAACAAAGAACAUUCGAAAGAUGAGGAGAUAAAGAGAAGGGAAAACAUAUCAUACUUUCGCCUUUCGCUUUAGAAAAUAAGACAAACAAAAAAAAAAAAUAUGGGAUUUAGUCCUUUUCUCAAUCUAUCUUCCGGUAAAGUUCUCAGUGACCUUCUUGACCAAGGAAGAUGAUGCUCUGAUGACCCUGCUCGACCUUAACUCGACCCUAAAACCCGCCAUGUUACAUCUGCGAAAUCUUCUGACAUCAAAAAUAACAUUGUGAACAGUUCUCGUACAUGAAUUUUCUGUGACCAUGAUAACAAGAGUGACGAUGAUCAAGGCAAAAUCAAAACGGAAGAACUCAGCGCUUUCAAGAGAGAGAUGGUGAAGAAUCUCUCGAAAACAUCUUGACUUCCUUUUGACACUGUAACUACCUGGUGAUAUUAAGGAAGCAGCAGCGCGUGCGGAGCGGCGAUGGUGACGUCACCGCGGACGGCAGGGAGUCGGUGCUAAACAUGACGGCGCCCCUGGGAGACCCCCUGGGAGACCCCCUGGGAGACCCCCUGGGCGUGGGCGCAGGGACGACCACGCUCCUCCCCUACAUCGAUCCCCGGAGGUCAGGGACGAGAGCGAGCGACCCUUUCAUCAGCUUCCUGAACGCCACGACGGACCUGUGGGGCGAGAACUCGUCGUGCCUCGGCAACGGGUCGCUCGAGUGCGAGAUGGUGCGCAUCAACGCCACGGAGGGCGCCGAGCCGGUGCUGCCGCCCUUCGAGCUUUGGCAGACAGUGCUAAUCGCCAUCUGCCUGGCGUGCUGCAUGAUCAUCACCGUGGGCGGAAACUGCCUGGUGUUGCUGUCGUUCAUCGUGGAGCGCGCGAUCCGCCAGCCCUCCAACUACUUCAUCGCCUCCCUCGCCAUGACCGACGUCAUCAUCGGCUCCGUGUCGAUGCCUCUGUACACCGUGUACGUCCUGAUGGGCGAGUGGACGCUGGGCCCCAUCCUGUGCGACCUGUGGCUGUCCGUCGACUACACGGUGUGCCUGGCGUCGCAGUACACGGUCCUGCUCAUCACCAUCGACCGCUUCUGCUCCGUCAAGAUCGCGGCCAAGUACCGCGGCUGGCGCACCCGCACGAAAGUGCUGGUGAUGGUGGCCAUGACGUGGAUCAUCCCAUCGCUGUUGUUCUUCAUCAGCAUCUUCGGCUGGGAGCACUUCGUAGGCUACCGCUCGCUGCAGCCCAACGAGUGCGAGGUGCAGUUCCUGCGCGACCCCGUCUUCAACACGGCGCUCAUCGUCACCUACUACUGGGUCACGCUCGUCGUGCUCUUCGUGCUCUACGCCGGCAUCUACAAGACGGCCUACGACAUGCAGAAGAAGUCGGAGGCCAAGCACCGCAAGAUGCAGACGCUGGUGGCCCUCAGCGCCGGCGGCAUGGCGGGCAUGGCGGGCCGCACCGCCGGCCUGGGCAUGAGCAAGACGCAGAGCACGCUGCUCAGCCAGGACAAGCCUCAGCCCGCCCCGCCGCCCGUCGCCAGCACGCAACAGCAGGCUCCGCAGGGCGGCUCCGGCGUCAGCGACUCCUCCUCGAGUCAGAAGACCUCCUCCAAGACCACAGAAACCACCAGCUUCUCGGAGCGUCGCGGAGAGCCCACGGAGAAGUCGGAGCGCUCCAGCAGCCCCGCCUUCGACUCUGACGAGGAGAGCAGCCAGGUGCCCUCCGGCAGGCGGUCGGGGCUGCCUAACAGCGCCGUGCCGCGCCUCGAGCCCCCGCCGCAGCACCGUAAAACGCCGACGGCGGACACCCUGCCCAAGAUCCCCGAGCAGAGCGUGCUGGACACGUCGACCACGCUGGAGGGCAGCUCCUCCUCCGACGCGGGCAUCGGAGCGCUGGCCGUCACGCUCACCCGCUCGCUGCCCUUCGCGGCCCACCACCACCACCCGCAGGCGCCCAAAGGCCCGGCGCCCACGCUGCCGGACGUCGCCCUGCACGAGGCGGGCCUGCAGGGCUCGGCGCUGCUGGACGUGACGCUGGGCGCGGCCACGGCGCCGCUGGCCAAGCGCAUGUCGGGCGACUUCUCCAAGGAGGAGAAGGACGACAACAGCGGCCACUCGGACGAGACGCUGAGCGUGCAGUCGGGCGGGGAGCCGCAGCCGCAGCAGCCGCAGCCCAAGACGCAGCAACCGCUGCACCCGACCUCGCUGCCACUGAGACCCAUCAACGCCGUGCCCAUCCUGCCGCUGGCCGCCUCCACGCCCACGGACCUGCUGGACGAGCGGGUGAUCGCGCCGCCCGCCAUGUUCGCCGACGCCAUGAGCGUGAGCAGCAUCUGCACCACGCGGCCGCCGUCGUCGCUCAACUAUGGCCCGAUGGCCUACGACAUCCUCACCGGCCUGGACACAGGCGACCUGCGCUUCAUGGACGAGUCGUCGAUCAUCCUGCCGUCGCCCGUGGUGGAGGACCCGCCCUCGUCCGUGUGGGCGGCCACGCUGCACAGCCCCGGCUCGCCCACCGGCCGCUCGCUCACCUCCACGCUCACCACGCCGCACAGCAUUCACCGCAAGAUGAGCCGCAUGCAGUCGCGCUCCGACGAGGAGAUGAGCAUCGAGGAGGCGGACGAGUCGGUCGACGCGGACGACGAGGCCGGCGACAGGGACGAGGACGACGAGGACGAGGAGGCGUCCGAGCACUCCACCAACGUGCUCGUCACCUCCAUCAUCCACGCCUGCGCCGCCGUCACCAACCUGGCGGGCUCCGAGAAGAUUCCCAGCCCCGUCAGCCCGAAGGAGGAGACGGCGACGGAGACCGCCGCCGCCAGCCCGAGCGCACACAACAGCAUAGCGACGGCGCCCAACAGCACCGCCGCGCCCGCGCCCAGCCAGCCGCCGCCGGUCAAGCCGAGAGCGAGUCCGACGGGGGCAGCGGCGACGGCGCCGGCGGGCGCGGCGAGGCCGAGCGUCUCGAGCGCGGGCCCCACCAACCAGCUGAUCGCGACCCACAACGUCAACUCGAACAAGACCGUGACGAGCGUGGCGCGGACCGAAGCCUCGUCGCUGAUCGAGAAGGACCGCGGGACGUCGGUGGCGUCGGAGGCACAGAGCUCCAUCAAGGGAUCUUCCCUGAAGGGCUCGCGUAAGGGCAUCGUUAAGUCCAUCCGGAGCCUGAAGAAGAAGAAGAAGAAGGCCGAGGGCGAGAAGCGGCACCGCUCCAAGUCCGAGAACCGAGCCAACAAAGCGCUGAGAACGAUCUCCAUCAUCCUGGGCGCCUUCGUGGCCUGCUGGACGCCCUACCACAUCCUGGCCAUCGCCGAGAGCUUCUGCCAGUGCACCAACACCCACGUGUACAUGUUCGCCUACUUCCUGUGCUACGCCAAUAGCCCCAUCAACCCCUUGUGUUACGCCCUGGCUAACCAGCAGUUCAAGAAGACUUUCAUGCGAAUUCUCAAAGGCGAUUUGCACAUAACGUAACGCAGCCGACCGGUAGACUGUGCCGUUGAUAUUUACUCAAUUAUCUGUGAUAUCUGUAGAGAGAGAGAUCAUAUUCCAGUGCUCAGUGCGGGAUGUACAGCCAUCGGUACAAGUGUACAUUACCUCAGGCGUAGCGUUUACACGGAACAAAAUGUGCACUUCAUCUUAAAUACAGUAUUCAUGUCCGUGACAGUGAUGUGUGCGUACUGGAGAGCAGUGUGUACAUACCCAAGUGCAGUGUAUACAUAUACAUGCAUUUCUGAAUGGUGCAACAUGUAUUCAUGUACAUACUUACACUCCAUGUGCACUUUUUAUCCAACUUGUGCUAUAACCAAUGCUAUCUUGCAUAUUUUUCCAUAGAGUACAUGUGCACAUUAUCUAAACGAGACAAGUUACAACUCCGGAUGCCCCCCCCCCCUCCCAUCUCCCCUUCCCUCCUUCCCCGUCUUUUCCCUCGUGGUCAGAAUGCACAAAUUUGCUGAUGUUCGUGCAUUCGAAAACACACCAAAGGCUGCCGUGGAGUAUUCCAGAAGGUGCGCAUGUGUGUGUGUGUGCUGCCGCUGUUUUGUGUACAUAACCAUAGUGUAGGUGUACAUGUGACUGGACAUCAGUGUACAACUGUACAUGCUGACUUUGUAGCAGUUCUCAAGCAAUCACCUGAAAUGUGUUUUUAAGUGAAACAUUGAAAAAAGUAUUGUAUAAACUUUAAUUGUAGAAAUUACUUAAAAACAAUAUACAUAUAUACCAGUAUUUUCAUGAAUCGUAGAAAUUAAAUUAUACAAAUAAGUUUCGGAGAAUUUAGCACACUUGACACUUUCCAAGGAGAGGAAGGAAAAAGAAGUGAAAAAGUGUAGAAGAAAAAAGUGUGUAAGCCAAUAUGAUGAAAAUGAAGAAUAAAAAGAGAGAACGAAAACCUUUAAUAAAAAAAGACAUAUAUAUAUAACAAUUAUAUAUAUAUAUAGAUAGUUAGACAAACAAAAAGACAGGACUCGUAAGGUACAUCAGGGCAAAACACAGAAUACAAUAUUACCGUAUAUAAAUAUAUGUGUUGGAUUAACGACGUGAUAAAAUAAAAAUGUUUGAACCCCCUUAGUCCCACCUUCCGCCCCCCCCACACCCCCUACCCCCUCCUCCACUCCUACUUCCCUGUGCUUUGAUUUUCAUUUGAUUUUCUCUCGAUUCGCUUCGCUGAUCAGAGGCAGAACUUUCCGUUGGCUGAGCUCCAUCGGCUGCCCAGCGCUGACGCCUCAUCGGGUCAGUGGCAGUGGAAGAUACACAGUACAUAUACGUAAAGUUGUGUGUGUGUGUGUGA